AUGAACAGCGUUAGAGCUAUGAUGCCUUUGUCAUCCUUGUGGUGCUAUGAUGACUCCUGGCUCAGGACCUUUAAUAGUUAUCUGCUGAAGUUCCUAGGAUACAUCUUCUGGUUCUCUGCUGCAGUUGUGGCCCUUGUUGGAGUUCCCAUGAUCCUGAUAUACAGGAACUACAGGUCUUUAUUUCAGGAGUCUUUCUUGUAUCUCUCUGGCUGGUUGGCUGUAGCAACUGCAAUUACCUUGCUACCUAUUGGACUUCUGGCUAUCUCUGUUUCUGCUAAGAGCUCCCGUUACAAACAAGGGGCUCUCAUGUACUUGCUGUUGGUCCUUCUUUGCUUAGCAAUGUCUUCAGCAGUUCUGGCACAGUUCUCUCUUCAGACAACUUCUAAGCUGAAAACCACUAUGGGUUACCUUGUCAGUCAAUACAAUGGGACACCUUCCAAGGAUCCUGGUAGUGGAGCCGUGGACAAGGUACAGAGGAGGCUGCGGUGUUGUGGAGUUGGAAACUACACAGACUGGCUAAAGACAACAGCUUCUUCUUGGCAUCUUCCAGCUGAAAGGCAUCAUGUCCCUGAAAGCUGCUGUAAGGAGAGGCAUUCUGAUUGCACAGGUGACUUGAAUCAUUUGGACCAGAUUUUUCAGGAAGGCUGUCUAAAGAAGCUAGAAGACUGGUUUGAUUUCCUUAUGCUUUAUGUGUUUUGGUGCUCUGUGGUGCUCAGUGUCUUAGGGUUGGUAACCACUGUCAUCAAUGGCCUCCUCAAGAAAUAUGAGUCUUUCCAUAGUCUCCAAUUUCUGGACUCCUAUACCUUCAUAUAG